AUGAAGCUCCUUGGUUCGCUGGCACUAGUGCUGGCUUUAUUUCAGCUUGGUGUAUCGGCCGCCGCGGCGCCCGAAGAGCCUCCAACUUGUGGUGCUCUCUGCAUUGAAGAGUUGGCGAUCAAGUCGCCUUGUGGUCUGAACACGACAUGCAUCUGUACAAACGCUGAGCUUAAUGAGAAGAUCACGCUUUGCGUUGCGGCGAAUUGCACGGUGAGAGAGAGUUUGUUAACUCAGAGCUACUCCAAGCAUACCUGCAACGCGCCGUCUCGCGAUCGCACAACGCUGGUAUGGGUCAUCGGUAUCGUCUUCCUUAUUCUCGGCCUCAUCGGCUUUGGCCUGCGGGUAAUGGCCAGAGUGUUUGCCGCGAAGCAAACAUGGGGAGCCGACGAUUGGGUCAUGCUGCUUGCAGUGGCUAUGAUGAUACCGCUCAAUGCUUUGUCUGUGCAGAUCUCACGGGUCGGAUUGGGUAAAGAUAUAUGGAACGUUCAACCAGACGACAUCACUGAUUUUCUUUACCUGUUCUACUGGGACGAACUUCUCUAUCUCGGAGCCCUGCCCAUCACAAAGAUUUCCAUCCUGCUUUUCUAUCUGAAGGUAUUCCCUGGCAAACAUAUUCGACUGGCAUGCUGGAUCUUCAUCGGCCUCAAUGUCGCAUACUUCAUCACCUUUGAGCUCAUUUCCAUCUUCCAAUGCAGACCAAUUGACGGCGCUUGGAGAGCCUGGGACAAGGAGUACAAGGCCAAGUGCAACAACAUCAACCUCCAGGGCUGGUUUGCAGCCAUUUUGAACAUCAUUCUCGAUGUUGGCACGAUGGUUAUCCCGCUGAAGGAGCUUUACGGGCUGUCGAUGUCGCUGAGGAAGAAAAUUCAACUCAUGCUCAUGUUUAGCGUCGGUAUCUUCGUCACGAUUGUCAGCGCAGUCCGUCUUCAAUCUCUAGCAAGCUACGCAACAACCAGCAACGUAACCCAGGACUAUGUCGAAAUCGGAUACUGGAGCACAAUUGAAGUCCCCGUCGGCAUAAUCUGCGCCUGCAUGCCCGCCAUCCGCGCCCUCUUUGGCAUCGUCUUCCCCAAGGUCUUCGCGUCCACGAACCGCAGCAAGAACAGCUACGCCAACAUCUCCAAGGAGUCAAAGCAGCCAACUGGCGACAGAAAGGGCAGCGCCACGCCGCAAAUCACCAUCGACACGGAGAUCUCGACAAGGUACUCGCGGCACCACGAUGACUCGUCGGUAAUUGAACUUACGCAGAUGGGAGGGGACCAGCAGCAGGGCCACGAGGAGACUGCGUGGACGGAUAGGAGGCCGGCUGUUCCGUGUGAGCCUGUAUGA